CAUCGCAGCGUACUGGCCAAAGAUCAGAGACUUCGCUGUCCUGGACAUGGAAGUCCGUCCAAGUGUUUCAACUCAUGUCAGUCAUGUCCAAGCAUUUCUAACAGAAACGGACAGACUUCUAAAUAUCCAUAUGAGAGCAGAACCAACGCCAAGGAGGAACUUUGGCUACGUGCUUCUAGGUGUGGCCAUACUCCGUGGAAGCCAACAACCAAGCACCCUCAUGGCUAACUUCAAUCAACUUGUACAAGUAAUUAAGCCAGACGCAUUGGUGUACCGAACGACUCUCAAUCGUAAUAUAACGGACCCAAACGUAUGCAGGGCUACAGGACCGUCACCCUGGCAGGGACCUGGCAUGCCGUCUAUGCAGUCAUCAUUCGUUGAGUCGUUGUCAUUCAGGCAUGUGACUGGGUUCCAACGGCUGCCUUUGAAAACAGCGGAAUUGCUCUCUUUUAGCGCUGCGGCCCUUAUAACUGCCUACACGGAUCCUUAUACACCACUCACUGAUCCAUGCCGGAGUGUCACCCAGGCGAAUCCAAAAGAAUUGGUGUGCCAAAAUGGACGAUAUCAUGAUAUAGUGACCAACCGUAAUAUGUACCUUGAAACCGACACCAUCCGAUUCGACGAAUGGGGCGGUACGUUUGACACCACUAUCAUAGUAGCGUACGACUCGGAUUGCACUAUGUCGACAAAGAUGUGUCUGUCUUUCAAUACCUAUGGCUUCACGGGCGGCUACGUCAUCUUUGACGUCCACUUCCACUACGUGUGUUCAGCACCUCCAGCAUUCGUAGAUUCCAAGGGUGACUUUGGCGUUGUGAAGUGGGCAAAAGUUAAUAUGCACAAGAACUACGCCGGGUUAGAUUGCGAGAAGCUCUGCUGAUAAGCUCAUGGGCAAAGAAUGUGAUUAUCAUUUGGAUGCGGAGUAUUGUUUACAUGGCCGUGAAGCAAUCUGAUGUGAUAUGAUGCAAUAUAUGAUGUUCCAUCCAUGA